AUGAAAAGGCCCAAUCGGAAAGAGUUAGAGAAAAAGCUGAGCAUUUUGACCAAAGACAUCAGUGAUCGAGUGUCCGAAUUCCAUGCACUGGUUGGUUUUAAUGGUGGUAACGGUUCCGGAGAUCAAAUAUUUCCGAGUCCCGGUGGCGAACUUCUGCGCUGUCAAAAUGCGGCCAAAAUCUGGAGACAGAAACGUGAAAAUAUCAGGUCGCAGGUGGCGGUGGUUCGACGGCAGAUCGAAGACAAGCGUACGAACAUCAAGGAUUUGAAGGAAGAACUGUCUCUUAUCGAGUCAAAGGAUCUGUACUUCAAGGACGAGGCAAAGCUGAAGCAGAUUUUGCAGAAAUUUGAACAGCAAUAUUUGGUGUGUAGUAAUCGGCGAGAUGAGGAGGCGUUUGUACGACAAAUAGAUAGACUUCGUCGUAACCAAAACCGGCUCGGAAAAUACAAAGAACUGCUAUGCGAGAAGGAAGAGAUGGUGCGACAGCUGAAGGUCUGCAAGUCAGAAAGAGACGAACUGUACGAGAAGGGGAUGAAUGCGAAGCGAUUCGAGGCGGAGUGCAAACGCGAAGAACGGGAUAUUUUGAUACGUGCUGGCGAGAUCAUGACUGAAAUCGAGCGCCUGCAACAAGAAAAGAAGAGUAUCAUGGCCGAAUACGACAAGCAGCGAACGGCGUAUCUGGAGUGUAUGCGACUUGAGAACGGUGUCGAAACUACACCGACUGCCCGCACGUCGCCCCGCGAGUUGACGAGGUCCUACAGCCUUAGGGUUCCGGUAGUAUCCGUAUCGGACCUGGCUUCCGCCGAAUCUUGUGGUGAUGACAGUGACAGCAGUUCCGAGAAGUAUUUUGCGUUCUUCAUCGUGCUGUUCGCGGCAGUCGUACUUGAUGAUAAUGACUUCAUGUCAGAUUGGUCCCGUCCUCCUUUAACCGCUAGCGAGUAUCGACCUUUCGCUUACCAGAAAAAGUUGUGCAAGAAUUUGAUCAGUUACCUUUCUCAGUUAAUGCAGGACAGCGAAAGUGAUGUAUCUACUUCAGUUGGGAAAAGUGAGGGAAUCGAUUUUUCAGGAAUCGAGACUGCAGCUCCGCCACGUCAAGAGGAUACGCAUAUUGAGAGUGAAAUCAGUGCUAAUAUGGCGGCGACCGUGACUGCUGUGGAAGAUCUUGAAACAGUUAACGCGGAAGUGGCCCGCUGUAAGCGAGUUUACAGAAAAGAAAAAUGGAAACCAACACAGCUCGUCCCAUAUGCUCUUGAAGUUUUGGAUAUGUUUGGACAGUUGGACGUAACACCCCCUGCUUCGUUUGGUCUGGUGCCAGCUGUGAUAGAUGAAGUGAAGAAGAAACUGCAAUUUUACGAAACGCAGACUUCUGUGACCGGAUUUGAUGACUCAUGGUUUCGGGGUAUUUUUUGUCGGCCUUCGCCCGAAAGCGAACACACCUUUGGCAGUGCGCUGAAUUCGUAUUAUACAGCCUCUGAGUUCGACGAGGAAUCUGUUUUGAACUCAUCUAAACUGUCGUUUUCACCGCGCGCUGAUGGUUUCCGUCUGGCAAAGGUGCUCAGUUGCCCAGACUUGCGUCGAUUUGCCGCAGCUUCCGACAUAUCAGUUUCACCGCCUACCAAUGAAAAUGCCGAACCCGUUGCUUUGUCUUCCAAUUGUUCGCUGCCCGUCGACUGA